UCACCAGCCACUAUGUCGCCCGAAGAAAUGACCUACUUGGCGGUGCUUCUCGUCUCCAUCCCCAUUGGUUUUCUCUUCAAGAAAGGGGGACUGAGGACCAAGAAGUUUGGAGGGGCAGCUGCAGGACUGGUGCUGGUUCUGGCCACCUGCCAUGUCCACACCCUCCACUCACUAAUCACCAUCGUUGGGACGUGGUUUAUCAUCAUCAUCUCUCCCAGGUCUUGCCACUACUUGACGCUUGGAUGGACCUUUUCUUACCUGCUGUUUUUCCGCACCGUUGCGUACUUCGGUUUCCCAGACCCAACACCAUUCACCAAUGCCGUACAACUCUUGCUCACUCUCAAGAUGGUGAGCUUGGCCAACGAAGUGCAAGAAUUCACCCAGGCAAAGAAGCAGGAGGUGGCAUCGUUUACCAAGUCUUCUGUGAUUGGCGUGAUCCCCAAAAUGCCAGGACUGGUGGAGAUACUGUGCUACAGUUAUUGCUAUGUGGGACUCAUGACAGGCCCGUUUUAUCGCUACCGGACUCACUACGACUGGCUGAACCAGCCGGACUCCUCAGCUAUCCCCAGCUGGCAACCGCUGCUUUCCAGAUCUAAAAUGAUCCCCAUCUUUGGGGCCUCUUUCCUGGUAGCCUCUCAUUUCUUUCCCCUCGACUACGUCCGAAGCGACGCCUUCUACGAACGAGGGCUCCCUUUCCGCCUCUUCUACAUGAUGCCCAUCUUUUUCGUCUUCCGCAUGCGCUUCUACGUGGCCUGGCUGUGUGCCGAAUGCGCCUGUGUCGCCGCUGCCUUUGGGGCUUAUCCGGCUACCGCCAAAUCCCGAUCGGGCGGGGGACCCACUGUGGAAUAUGAGCCUCUCAGCAGAUCACCUGAUGGGGAGGCGUCGAGCAUGACUUAUGAUUAUGAGACGAUUAAGAACAUUGACCCACACGGUACAGACUUCUGUGUCAAGGUGAAGGAUGGCAUGCGCUAUUGGAACAUGACUGUACAGUGGUGGCUGGCACAGUACAUCUACAAGAGUGCGCCUGUCCGUUCCUAUGUCAUGAGGAGCGCCUGGACAAUGCUGAUCUCCGCAUACUGGCACGGGAUUCACCCCGGUUACUAUCUCAGCUUCCUGACCAUCCCACUCUGCCUGGCGGCAGAAGGGGCGAUGGAGAGCGGCUUCCUGAAGCACCUCACCCCUGCGGGGCGUCUCUACGGCGACUGGGUGCAGUGGUUCCUGAAGAUGCGGGCCUAUGACUACAUGUGCAUGGGCUUCGUGCUGCUCACCUUCGAGGACACAGUCCGCUACUGGAGCGCCAUCUAUUACUCCAUCCAUGUAGGGGCGGUGGCCUUCUUCCUGCUGGGGAAGCUGCUGGGAAGCCGGAGGGACCAGGGCAGCUCUCCGAGGAGCAAAGAUGGAGCUGCGCAGAACCCCCAGCGGCAGGAGUGAUGGGGCUGAGGCA